UUCGCGCGCGCGCGCGCGAGAGAGAGAGAGAGAAAAAAAAAUAAUCGCCGACAAAAAACACCGGUGACGGAGAGGAAGAGAGAGAGAUAUAGUCGAGCGCGUCUCGUGAGAAAGACUGAAAAAAAGAGAGAGAAUAAAUAUUCACAAACGACGAGAAUUCAGCUUUUAAAGUCUACAUCGACGUCAUCGUCAUCGUCGUCAUCGUCGUCGUCGUUGUCGUCGUUGUCAUCGUUUCUUUCGUCGUCAUUGUCAUCCGUCGUCCUCUUCGUCCAACGGCGAACCAACAGUUGCCUAUCGCAGAUAAAGAUUAUAGAAGAAUUGUUUUGAUCGCUGAUCGUUGAUCACCGAGCAGCAAAAAAUGGCGGCUUUUGUGGCAAAGCAGAUGGUCGGCAACAAGCUGAAUGCUGUUAAAGGAGCGGUCGGUGGCGAAGGAGGAGACGAAGAUGACAAGGAAAAGGAGGAGGAGGCCGAAAGGGAAAGGCAAGAAGCCAUCAGGGAAGCCGAGGAGAGGAGGAAAGAGAAACACCGCAAAAUGGAAGAAGAACGAGAAAAGAUGCGACAGGAGAUCAGAGACAAGUAUAACAUAAAGAAGCGAGAAGAGGUCCAGGAAAUGCCGCAGGAAGAGCCAAAUCCUUUGAUGCGAAAGAAGAAGACGCCAGAGGAAUUGGCGGCCGAGGCUGAAGCAGAGGACGAGGACGAGUUAACGAAAUUGAAAAACGUGAUAGAGACGCACGUGAUGGACAUCAAAACGCAAAUCGAAAGUAAGUGCAGCCUCCAAUGAGUCUACGGGAGUAUAACAGGGACGGCGAGCGCGACAUCAUGUGUCAUCGUGAUAGGAGACGAUGGGGUGGUUGGAAAAUGCGGAAGAGGAGUUACUGCUGGUGAAAUGAGUAGAGGAGGAAGAAGGGAUGAAGAAGUAAGGGGGAGGAAAUGAGAGAGAAGGUGCUGUCUUCGUCGCGUUCGCCGUACGUAGAUCGAUCCGAGCGUGUCGUCCAACCAUCGUUACUCGACCUUCGAAAAGAGAACGCUGAAUAGAGAGCAAAAGAGAGAGAAAGAAAGAGAAAGAGAGCGAAGGAGAGAGAAAGAAAGAGCGAGAGAGAAAGAGAGAAAGCUUAAGGUCGAUCGCGUUAACCUUUCGGAGGAAGAAAAGACAAGUGUUUCAAGUUAUUAUCCGAUCGAUCGUCUUUCAUCGAGGAAAAAAAUAAAAGGAGAAGGAAAAAAUGAGAAAAGGAAAAUAAACGAAAGUUUUGUUUUCUUUUGCUUGAUUUUUUUCUUUCUCCUCUCUCUCUCUUUGUUUUUUGUUCUUUUUUUUUAUUUUUUGUUUUUUUUUUAUUGUCGAUGAGAGACAUCCGAUUUCAGUAGUAGAAGAUAUAUAUAUAUAUAUAUAUAUAUAUAUAUAUAUAUAAAUAUAUAUAUAUAAAGGGCAAUAGAGUAUAUGGUAGAAUUGUCGAAAACGAUCGUCGAUGGGCCUACGACAAAGAAAGAAAACGGAAACAAGAGUUGAAAAUGUGCGCGAACUAAUAAGAAGAAGACUGGAAGAGGAAAAUGGGACGACGGGAGAGUUCGAAAAAAGGCCUGUGUGGAAGAAGAAGAAAGAGAGAGUCCGUGAAGAAGACGGAUUCGACGAUUCGUUUACGGGUCACGUCUCGUGAGAAUUCAAAGAAGAGACGAAAGAAGAAAAAAAACGAGAGAAAAAGAAAUAAAAAGACGUAGUCUAUGAUCGAGAUCGAUUACGAUGAAAAGAAUUUUCCUUCUUUCUUUCUUUCUUUCUUUCUUUCUUUCUUUCUUUCUUUCUUUCUUGCUCUCUUUCUUUCUAUCUUUUUUCUCGAAUUUUCUUACUUCGCACUUUUGAAAAACGAACACCAAUUGACAAAGAUCGAAUGUAAAACAUUUUCGACUACGAAUAUCGAUUACGUAUUUUUCUAAGUUAAUCAGAUAAUGAUAGAAAAAAAAAGAUUCAUGAAGGAAGCAAUCUUUCUCUUUCUUUCUCUCUAUUUCUCUUCCUUUAUCUCUUUCUCUCUCUUUCUCUCUUUCUCUCUCUUUCUCUCUUUCUCUCUCUCUCUCUUUCUCUUUCUUUCUCUUUCUAACUCUCUCUCUUUCUCUCUUUCUCUCUCUCUCUCACCCUCUCUCUCUUUUCUCUUCUCUCACUCGGAAUCGUCAUAGACGAAUCGACGUUGCGACGCGAAGGUAAAAAAUGAGCUUAAAAGAGAAGAGGAAUGAACGCAUGGAAAGCACAGGAAAAAAAAGGAAGAAGAGAAAAGCGGAAGUAUAACACGAGACACAUACGUUAGUACCUAAGUUUCUAGUAAAUUUUUUGAAUAUGGUGGGUAAUCUGCCGGUAGAGAGAACAAUGAAACAAAUUAAAUUAAAAAAGAUAAAAAAAAAAAAAAUAAAUAAAAAUAAAAAAAAUAAAACACACAAGAGUUAUGUAGUUGCUAGAUUUCGUGCGACACGGUUGUUUCAAUAAAUAAUGAAAUUAGGAACGAGAAGGUAGGGGGUUAAUAUUAAUUAAAGUAUUCGUAGUUAGCGACGAGUUAAGCCAUGAGGGAUCGAGGGCCAUGAACGAAUAGAGAAAGUCGAACGAGUGAAAGAGAUAAAAAUUAGAAGUGGAGAAAAGAAAAAAAAAAAACAAACAUAUAGAGAAGAAACGAAAAGCUAUUGAAAAUUGAAAAAAAAAAAAAAGAGAGAUAAGUGAGAAAGAUAAUGAAUCCGAACCGGCGGCCUUUGCUCUCCAUCCGUCCAAAUUAUGCGAUUUUUUUUUUAAUUAAAUAAGAAAGAGAAAACUAGAAUGAGUUAAGAUCGAGAAAUAGAAUCUUCGGACGUCUGAUAUUCUAUUAGAAAAAUGAAAAAAAAAAAAAAUGAACUUUUUAGAUUUCGUAUAAGACGCGAGCAUAAACGUUCGAUAGAAUUUUUAUCUCGGAACGAGCGAGCAACGUCAAGUUUUUGCUCGUAAUGAUGCCUUUUCCUCAUUUUCUAUUAGAAUGCAAUAACUUAUUCCUAGCUGACAAAAAUUCUCUCUCAUAGUUAGGCAAACUCGUGGUUUUGAGUCCAACCGAAAAUAAAUGAAAAGAAAAAAAAAAAAGAUAACAAGUGGACGCGACAACCGGAGCAUUGACCGCCAGCUCGAAACGGAGAAAAAAGAAACAUGCGUGGUACUUGCGAUAUUUUUGUUCAUUGUUUUUUAAUCAGCGAGCGAGAAAAGUAGAAUAUGUUCUGGACGAGGAAAAAACAAAAGAGGAUUGAACGGCCAAGGGGAGGAAAGGUAAAGGGGGAAUUUAAAGGGAAGAACAAAAAAGAAAAACGCACCAAAAAAAAAAACAAAAAAGAAGUUAAAAAAUAUAGAAAAAAAUGACACAUGUAAAACCAGUUUUUCUACGGAGGAUGGAAGACAAAAAAUAUUUUUUUAUUUUCGAUGUCGUUCCUCUCAAUGUUACCCGAAGGAAAAAAAAAAAAAAAAGAAAAAAGAAAAAGAGAAAAAACAUAGAAUGUUCGUUAAAAAGAGAUAAUGAUUAAAAAAAAAAAAAAAAAGAAACGGACGCUCCCGAUCUGUCCUCGAGCACAGUCUCUCCCUUUUUUUUCUUCUACUUUUCUUUUCUUUCCUCUCUCCUUAGACACCUGUCCGCCGUCGAACUUCAUCGCAGACACAUAUACCGCAUGAUUCGCGAAGCAACGACCAUUUUCAAGCCUUAUGUUUUACUGCUUAUCGAAAAACGAAACUUAAUCCUGAUAGAUUCCCGACACGCGAACCGUAAACCGUACGAUACGUGUAUCACGCACGAUAAUGUAAAAACAAAAUCGAGGAAAAUAGAAGAAAACCAAAGAGAAAAAAAGAGAGAAAAGAUAUAACGUGACGUAGAUUUUUUCGGUGGUAUAGGAAUAAUAAAAAAGGAGCAAGAACAGUAAAAAAAAACAAUGGAGAACGUUACUUGUUAAAUUAUGAGUUAUGUACGUAAGUCAUAAAGAAAAAAAACGGAACGAAAAGAAAAAGAAUGUGCGUGAUCGAGAAAUAUAGAAUCAUAAGUCGAAGGGCCUUCUUUCCAAUAAAAAAAAAAAAAAAAAGGAAAAAAAAGAAAAAAAAAGAUUAUUAAAAGAAAAAGAAAAAAGAAAAAAAAACACAGAAAAAGAAAAGAAAAAAAAUAAAUCUUUCGAUGUUCAGAACGCGCAUGUUGGCUUUACGUGAACGUAGUUACGCUUGAAGAAAGCAUAAACGAGUAAAUAGAUACAAAGACUACUUACGUGUUUCUCUCGAUGUAAUUAUAAACUAUCCGUGUCAACGUCAAAGAUGUUCGCUCUUCUUGCAUGCACGCGCUUUCCUACUCUUACUCGUCGAACGAAUUGAUGUUAUAGGACGGAGGAAAUAAUAAAUAAAUAAAAAAAAAAAAAUAUAUAACCGAUCGCAGAGUCUAAAAGUUAAAAGAAACAAGAACGAUGAUUUUCGAACGAUACAAUUGACCUUUCUUUAACUUUUCGCUAUUCAAGUUGAUGGCGUUAAUUAAAAUACUCUCUUGAAAUAUUAUACGAUGUCAAGAAAAAAAAAAAAAAGAAAAAAGGAAAAAUAAAAAAAAUUAAGAUAACCGUAUAAACGUUCGGGGAAAUAAUCGAGUCAAAAGUUUUGAAGUAAAAUAGUAGGGGUAAGUUCUUUCGUUUCAGAAAAAGUUCGAAAAGUUUCAGAAAAA